UCAUACCAAUGCAAUGGCAGAGCCUGAUUUCCUAAUCUCAGUGCCACCAGCAUUCUUUGAAGAGACGUUCAAGUACGAAAGAAGACGGCCUGAGAAUUUUGUUAGUAGACCCAACGGUAGCAUGUGGAUGACCAAGGAGAAGAUCGAGAAUUAUGGAUUGAGAUAG